AUGCAAUCCCGCCUUCUCCACUCCAUCCGCUCCAUAUCCUCUAUCUCCACCCCAAAGAACCCUUUACCAAUCUUGAUCUGCGGAAGAAAUCCCCGCGUCGCUUCAGCCGUAUCCGCCGCCUUGCGGCCCGAUUAUGAUGUAAUACACUCCAUAUCAUCCCCCCAAGCCGGCACGCUCGACAUCCCCGCCUUCCUCCGCGGCGAUGGUAAUACUGCUUCUACUUCUUCCCAGGGCACUACGGCCCCGACCCCAACACCCGUGGCCAUCCUGGUUGGCGGUGGGUAUACGGUUCACGAUAUGGAGAUGAUACGCGAGGCCUGUCGUGGUCUUGAUCCUGUUAUCUGGUUGAAGGUGAAGAAGGAUAUGUCGGGACCGCUGCCACCGUUGGAAGAGUAUGGAGCGGAGGUGGGAAGGAGGGCGAGGGAGUAUUUGAAUGGGGUACGGGAUCGGGGGGAGUUGGGGGGUGGUGGGGUUUAUUAUAUUUAA